AUGCUUUCACCGAAUAUCUCGAGGGAUUUGACUGAUGGCUCUGAGUUUGGAAACAGAUCUUGUCCGGAGAGCUUUAGGUCAGCAGGAAUAUGAGAGGCACUGUAUCUAUUCGUAACUGCAGUCUUCAUUCUCACCAUCUUGGGGAAUUUGACCAUAAUAAUUUCCAUCUCAUAUUUCAAGCAGCUUCAUUCUCCGACCAGUUUCCUCAUCUUAUCCAUGUCUGGCACAGAUCUCCUGCUGGGCUUUACCAUUAUGCCCUACAGCAUGGUGAGGUCUAUAGAGAAAUACUGUUUUUUUGGCAUUAUAUUCUGCACAGUUCAUUACAGUUUUGACUUGAUGCUCUGUUUAGCUUCCAUUUUCCAUCUUUGUUCCAUUGCCAUGGAUCAGUUUUAUGCAAUCCACCAUCCUCUGCAUUACACCAGCACCAUGACUGUCGCAACCAUAAAACAAAUUGUAGCAGUCUGCUGGUCAGUGCCUGCUGCUUUUGCUUUUGGUGUGAUUUUCUCGGAAGUUUAUGCUUCUGAAAUUGAGGGCUAUGAAAAGCUAGUUAAAUGCUUGUGCCCUAUUGUGUUCAACAAACUGUGGGGGGUUUUUCUAUUUACAGUUGGUUUCUUUGCUCCUGCUUGCAUUAUGAUAGGAAUUUAUGUUAAAAUUUUUACAGUCUCCCAAAGGCACACAUGGGAGUUGAGCCAGGCACACAGGCACUUAAAAAUUGAUAAGAAACAUUAGCUUUCUAAGAAUAAAGACAGGAAAACUGCUAAGGCCUUGAGUAUUGUUAUGCUGGGUUUCUUAAUAUGUUGGUUUCCUCAUUUUUUUGUAAUCUUAAUUGAUCCAAUUUUUAAUUUCUCUGUUCCUGUAUCUCUGUUCAAUUCUGUAAACUGGCUUGGGUAAUUAAAUUCUUUCUGCAAUCCAUUAAUAUAUGGAUUUUUCUAUCCAUGGUUUCGGAAAACAUUCUUAAAAGGCAAAAUAUUUAACCUGCAUUUUCGUACAGUAAAACUUUUAUCUGAAGAUCAGUCACAGUAA